AUGCCUGGUCAGGCAAUCCCACUCCUUACCAUCCAGUCCACUGCUGGCACAUCUCACGUGGCAGAGAUAAUCGAGUCCCAGAUCCAUGUUGAGCGCAGCACCGCCAACUUCUUCUCCAUUUACCGAUAUGCCAACGCCUCGCAGUUAUGUAUGCUGUGCGUAUCAGGAUGUUGUGCGGUAGCCGCCGGUGCAGCAAUGCCAUUGGUGACCGUCGUGUUCGGCGCAUUGGCAGAUGAAUUCAUCAACGGAGAACACCAUACAUCGCAGGAGAUUCGAGACCAGGUCCAGCAUCUCACGCUCUUCUUGGUAUAUCGCACACUAGGCUUCAAUUUCAUCGGAGAGCAGAUAGCCCGCCACCUGCAGCAGAAAUAUCUUUCUUCGGUUCUGCAGCAGAACAUGGCUUAUUUCGAUGUAGUCGGAACCGGGGAGCUCACAUCCCACAUAGAUCAAGAUAUGAAAUGGAUUCAAGCUGGCAUCUCGCAGAAGAUGGGUGACCUUCUGUCCGGCCUGUCCGGCUUCGUGGUCGCCAUUAUCUGCGCAUUUGUACGGAACUGGCGCUUUGCAGGGAUCAUUGUGGUGCAGCAGAUGGGCUUGGCUGAACGUGUUCAAGCGGACAAUUUAGCCCAGGAAGUAUUCAGUGCCAUGAGGAGCGUUAUUUCUUACCGAAGCCAGGAAAGGUAUGCUAAGAAGUAUCGAAAGGCCUUGGGCCGCCCAGCGGCCUUGGACUUCCGGGAGCGGUUAAUAUUUGGAGUGAUUGUUGCGGGCUCUUUCAUGACAUUGCACUGGGGAAAUGGGCUAGGUUUCUGGCAGGCUGAUCACCUCGUCCGUCAAGGGCGUUGCACCAUAUCAGAGGCUUUGACUAUCUUGUAUGCAAUGUCUGUUGCAGGUGGGAUGCUAUGCCAAGCGUUGCCAUGUGUUGUUAACGUCACCCAGGCUCAUGCGGCAGCCAGUCGCGUUUUCUCAGUCAUAGAGCAGGAUUCGCCUAUGAUUUCGAUGGUAGGUACUGGGAAGACAUACAGUCAGGUCCGAGGGGCAGUCCGGCUAGAAGGCGUACACUUUGCGUAUCCUUCGCGACCUGAGCGGACUGUUUUGAGAGGCGUCACUUUCGACGUGCCUGCUGGACACACAGUAGCCUUGGUGGGACCAUCAGGAUCAGGAAAAUCAACCAUAUUUGCCCUUUUAGAACGGUUAUACCACCCACUCGGUGGCCGCAUCACUCUGGAAGGUGAGCGGAUCGAUGAGAUGGAUGUCUCAUGGUUACGGUCUCAGAUCGGAUAUGUCGGCCAAGAGGUUACUCUGUUUCGUGCAUCAAUGCACGAGAACAUUGCGUAUGGGCUUCCCAGAGCUGCCGCUGAGAAAAUGGACGCAUCUGCGAUUCGAAGCCUAGUUAUCCAGGCUGCUGAAACUGCUCAGAUUCACUCGUUUAUUGAGAAUCUGCCCCAUGGGUACGACACCCUAAUUGGUGCAAAUGAAUCGAGUCUCUCCGGGGGUCAGAGGCAACGGAUUGCUAUCGCCCGUGCCAUCAUAUCUCAACCAGCAAUUCUACUGCUGGACGAGGCUACAGCUGCCCUGGAUAGUCAGUACGAAAAGGAAGUCCAAGAAGCUCUCAGCAAGGCUGCUUCAGAGCGAACCACCUUGAUAAUAGCCCAUCGGCUAUCGACAAUCCAGAAUGCCGAUAUCAUCAUUGUGAUGAAGGACGGUCAGGUUCUAGAUCAAGGUUCUCACUUAGAACUAAUGGCCACAUCCACAAUGUACCAAGAACUAGUGAGACAGCAGACACUCCGAUCAUGUUACCGAUCAGAGGACGGUAUUGCUAGCCAGCCACCAACCCUAGCAAACAUCCACAAAGAGCAUCUUGGGGACAUCUCAGUCAAUAGCAAUACCCUAGAGACGCCAGAAGAUGCUCCACUGCCACACAGCAAUAGCAUCAAGCAUGUUUGGCAUCUCAACAAGCCAGAGUUGCCUUACGCUACCGCAGGCGUCAUUUUCAGCGUUUUAGCUGGAAUGACAUAUCCAAUCCAAGCGAUCUUCUUCGGCAACGGAGUCAUGUCCAUCAUUAGCCCUAGUCUGAGCACUGGCCGACACAACGUUCGCUUUUGGGCCCUAUUGUAUCUUGCUUAUGGUGUCGUUGUGUUUGUGGUUUAUUGUGUACGGGGAUACUGCUUUGCCGUGUCUGCAUCUCAGUUAUGUCUUCGAGCUCGUUCCCAUUUGUUCAAAGCUUUGGCCCUGAAGAACCUCCCUUUCUUCGAGAUUAAAAAUCACUCGACUGGGGCCUUGGUGAGUUUCCUCUCAUCUGGAACUCCAAAAAUCACCGGUAUUUCGGGAACCUCAUUGGGACUCGUGGCCGAAAGUGUUGUAAUGCUCGCGACAGGAAUUACAGUUGGAUGCAUCUUUGGAUGGAAACUUGGUCUCGUCGCGACAGCAACGGUCCCAGUGGUAGCUGUCUCCGGCUUUAUGCAGUACAAUAUUGUGGCACAUGUCCAGAAGCACGUCAAGCGUGACACCAAUGCCGUGGCCGUUGCACAUGAGGCAUUUACUGCCAUCAAGACAGUGACUGUCCUCGGUCUGCAGAGGACCAUCAGCGAGUCCUUCCAAAGGGAAAGCCAGCGAGACAGCCAACGCAGGUACUGGGUUGUAUCUGCCAUCAUAUAUGCAUGCACCACUUCUCUUCGCAUAUUAAGCAUUGCUUUCGUAUUCUGGUACGGAGGUACUCAUCUUAUCGCAACUGGCGAGUACAACGUCCAGCAGUUCUUCAUUUGCUUUGCAGCCACGGUCUGGGGGUCCCAGUCUGCGUCUGCUCUUUUCGCACAUGCUCCUGACAUUGCGGGCGCCCAUGCCGCUGCUGCUCGACUGGAGGAACUAAUGCAAACCAGCAGCUCAGAGCUCUCCAGGCAAGGCAAAAGCGCAUACACCAAGGUACCAGACACAACCGAGGAUAUUGCACUGCGACACGUGAACUUUAGAUAUCCGGCCCAUCGGUCUCGACUAGCAUUGAACGAUGUAACUCUCAACGCCCCGGCCGGUACCUUCAUUGCUCUUGUUGGGGCCACAGGCAGCGGCAAAAGCUCGGUGAUCAAUCUGCUCGAGCGCUUCUAUGCUGCCGAGUCUGGAAAGAUAACGCUUGGAGGUAAGUCUAUUGGGGAGUAUGACCUGAAUAGCUAUCGGGGACACCUGGCCCUGGUCGAUCAGAACCCUUGCUUGGUUGGUGAAGACCUGCGUGAAUGCCUGCAGAGUGAUGAGCGAGUUAUCUCAGACGAGGAGAUCCUGGCCGCUUUGGAGGAUGUCGGAUUAGCCGAUUUUGCGCUAUCCCUCCCUCAAGGCUUAAGCACCCCGAUUCGAGCCAACGGAUCGACACUUUCCGGGGGCCAGCGUCAACGCAUGGCUAUCGCGAAGGCUCUUCUAUGCCACCCAAAGAUCCUUUUACUUGACGAAGCAACCUCGGCGCUGGAUCCGACCACAGAGCACCUAGUUCAAGUGGCACUUCAACGCAUAAUGAAAGGCCGAACAAUCAUCGCUAUUGCCCAUCGAUUCAAGACAAUUAUCGAUGCCGAUGAGAUUUUGGUCUUCGAUCAUGGGCGAAUCAUCGAGAGGGGAACCCAUGAGCAGUUGAUGCAGACGGGUGGGAAAUAUUGGCAGAUGGCUAGAUUACAGCAAGUGAUGGGGGAAGGUUGA